GUCCGCCGAAACCGCGCUUCACUCACCACGCGCACGCGCACCCGAAAAUAAAUAACAAAAAUCAUAAACUAAACAAAUCAAUAUCACGAAAUUCAAAUACCUAUAAAAAAAAUCCUUAAAAUGAAUAACGCGGUCUUGUAUGAGAAAAGCAACAGCUUACAGAAGAGAGAUGCUAUCAUGUGUCUAGAAGAAUACGCUUCGAAAAUUAAGUGGAAGAAGAGUAAUAAUAAUAUUCUUGACAUAGGCUGUGGGGACGGAAGCGUGACUAAUAUGCUGAAGAAGUAUAUCCCUACUGAAUAUAAGUUGCUUGGCUGUGAUAUUAGCGAAAAGAUGGUGAACUUCGCGAAUGAUCAUCAUUGUAACGAACAAACCUCUUUCACCGUGCUCGAUAUUGAGGGAGAUCUGCCUGAAGGUAUGAAGGGAAACUUCGACCAUGUAUUCUCGUUCUACGCUCUGCACUGGGUUAAUAACCAAGAGCGAGCAUUCAACAACAUAUACAACCUUCUAAGCGAAGAUGGAGAGUGUUUCACGAUAUUCGUGGCAUGGGCUCCUGUGUUUGACGUGUACCGGGUGCUCGCGCGCAACAACAAGUGGAGUCCGUGGGUGCAUGAUGUCGACAGAUACAUAUCACCGUACCACGACUCGUUGGAGCCGGAAAAAGAUUUAAAGGCUAUGAUAGACAAAAUUGGAUUCGUUGACGUCGACGUGGAAUGUAAAGAAUUGGUAUUCGUGUACGACAACAUACAUAUUUUGCGAAAAGCGCUAACAGCAAUCAACCCUUUCAAAAUUCCCAAGGAAAAAUACGAUGACUUCAUGGAAGACUAUAUGGACAUACUGAAAGAAUUACAGAUUUUAGACAAGUAUAACAAUAAUUAUGAAAAGAGCGUUGAAUUCAAUUACCGUUUGCUCGUUGUGUAUGCCCGAAAACCUGACUCACAGGAUAAAAUGUUAGAAGCACUAAAUGGACAAACGUAGACAAAACAUUUUUGGCCUUACUACAAAAACUUUAGCAACUGUUUUACACUUGUCUAAAAAAAAUGUGGCUCCAAAAUGAACCAUAUGUCAACGUCAUAAUUUGACAUUUUUUUAGACAAGUCUUAAACUGACGUU